UUCAGCAUAUAUUGUAGCAUCUUUUUUUGAAACAGGCUAUACGCGAAAUCGGGAGGUGUGACAAAUUCAACCAAUCCGAUUUAAUGUUUAUUUAUUGGUGAAGGUCAAGUCGGAUCCUGAAUUAAGAAGUUCGCAUUAAAAUAAACAAGCAAUAUCUUUUCUGAAACAAAUUUAUUUUCUCUAGAUAUUUAAUUGAUCCAAAUAAGGAUGGACGCUGGAAUAACACCUGCGAAAAGAGCAAAAGUUGAUGUAGCGAAUGGGACUCAUGGUCACGAUAAGAACCGACUUCCCCAUCACAACUAUGUAGAAGAUUAUGACGACAAGGAAGGCAGUUCGAGCAUUCUUUUUACCCUACCAGAAAAAAUUGGUGCUCUCGCAGAAGCUUUAAAGGUGUUUGAGGCACACAACGUGAAUCUGUAUCAUAUUGAGUCAAGACCUGCAAAGGGCAAUACAUCACAGUACGAGUUUUAUGCUGAUUGUGACAAUAAGAAAGGUGGUCUACACGAUGUCGUGAAGGACCUGAAAGGGAACGAUUGUCACGUGACAUUGCUCACCAGAAAACAUCAGCGAGGCUCUUCUCAGCGGCUAUCCGCCAGUGAAAGCGAAGUUCCAUGGUUUCCCCGUAAAAUCAACGAUUUGGACAGAUUUGCUAACCAAAUUUUGAGUUAUGGAUCAGAACUGGACUCGGAUCACCCAGGAUUCACCGACCCGGUCUACCGUGCCAGACGGAAGGAGUUCGCAGACAUCGCCUUCAAUUAUAAACAUGGUACGCCGAUCCCCAGAGUUUCAUAUACAAAGGCCGAGGUAGACACAUGGGGGACAAUAUUUCGUGAACUGACAAAGCUGUACCCUAUGCAUGCGUGUAAAGAGUUUAAUCACGUGUUUCCGCUGCUGAUUGACAACUGUGGGUACCGUGAGGACAACAUCCCGCAGUUAGAGGAUAUCUCCAACUUUCUUCAGGACUGUACGGGAUUUAGACUACGCCCAGUAGCCGGACUACUUUCGUCACGAGACUUCCUGGCGGGCCUGGCGUUCCGCGUGUUUCACUCAACCCAGUAUAUCAGACAUGGGUCUAAACCUAUGUACACACCGGAACCAGAUGUCUGUCAUGAGCUUUUAGGACACGUACCAUUGUUUGCAGAUCCUUCAUUUGCACAGUUUUCACAAGAAAUUGGUCUUGCGUCACUUGGGGCACCUGACGAGUAUAUCCAGAAGCUGGCCACGUGUUACUGGUUCACUAUAGAGUUUGGACUGUGCAGACAGGAAGGUCACAUCAAAGCCUAUGGUGCCGGCUUGCUGUCAUCAUUUGGUGAACUUCAGUACUGUUUGACGGAGAAACCAGAAACACGACCGUUCGAGCCUGUAAAGACAGCGGAACAAAAAUACCCGAUCACCGAGUUCCAACCCGUGUACUUCAUAGCCGAGAGCUUUGAGUCGGCCAAACAGAAAAUGAGAGAAUUUGCAGCAACUAUCCCACGCCCAUUUUCGGUCACGUACAACCCCUACACACGUAGUGUUGAGGUCCUCGAGAAUACAGGACAAAUCCUCAAUCUUGCAAAGAAUAUUAAAUCUGAGAUGAUGCUCCUGGAAGACGCCUUAACAAAGUUACACCAGAGCUAAAUAUAUGCACAUUGUUAGACAAUACUUAUAUAUAGUUAUGACGAAGAGAAAAUUGGGAAUGGACUAUAGAUGGAGAUUGGGAAAAUAUUUGAACUGGAUUUGAUUGCACCUUCGUUGCUUCAUCUGCUACUUUUUCAAUCGUUAUUCGCUUGAUGGAAUGAUUUGAUUGUUUGAGUGUACCCACCCAGAAUAUUAAUUUUAUCAGUGUGAAUUGUGUUGAUGCUGUUGUUGUUUUAUUUUAAUGUGACAAUUUUUUAGACAAGGUCAGAAUGUGUUUUUAACAGAGUAAUGUAUUGGAUUUAAUGAACUUCAAGAAACAUGCUUUAACUUUGUGGAAAUUUGUAGUACAAUGUACAAUACUUUAUAUUUAUACUGAUGCAUUUUGCAAAUUAGGGUUUGGCUUUGUUUUUUAUGAUUUAAACCAUGCAUACAUGUUCUAUAAUUUAAUUUUGGUGGUAUUAUUUUAUGUAAUUUCGUAAUUUUAUUUAAUGUCAUUUUUUGAACAUUUUUGUUCUAAUGAGUAUACUCAACAUAAUUAAACGUUGUGAUAUAGGAAUUUUUCAUCUUACGCGUAUAAGUAAUUGAGAGAAAUCUAACAUCACCAAAUUUCUUAAAGUGUAAACAAGGAUAUUGGUAGACGAUAACAUACGAUGCUUAAUUUCAAAAUUUUGAUAUAGUAAAAUUUACUAAAUGGCAGGCGACAAUGUUUGAAGCUUAAUUUCAAAAUUUUAAUAGUAAAUUUUACUCGUAAUUUACAUUAUACAAUUAUUAUUUUGCAAAAUGAAAACCAUGAAAAUAGAAAAGACGAGUAGUAUGUAGAAAGUUCAAUCAGUCAUAUUGACUUUUCUACGGUUUAAUUUUUUUUAUAAUAACAUGUAUUGUUACAUCUAAUUGAUCAUUGGUGUAUGUAGUGCAUUUAUUGCUUUUCUACAUUCUAGUAAGUGUUUCAUGUUAUCAGAUAAAUUGUUUAUCUUUAUCAAAAUGUCGGUUGCUCGAUACUGUACCGGCUUUUUCAUAUACACAUAAAAAUAUAUAUUUGUAGAUAUAACUAUAUACAUGUCAUCAAAAUUAAUAAUAAAUUGCUUGUUUUUAUCAGAA